UUCCACUCUCCGAAACAAAAGAAAACAACAGAGUUGGCAGCAAAAUAACGAAGAAAACAAAUCCUAUAAUUUUUGUCGUUUUGUUAUCUCCCCUUACGUGUAUCGACAGUCCAAUGAUCGUGAUUAAAGCUGUUUUCAUCAGAACGCAGUGAAAGAGAUGACCAUGGCGAUGUGCAGGGCGAGAGCACUUGUUUCUUUCUCCAAGUGCAAGCCUACACUCUUAUCCCCUCUUUUUCAUUUCUCUCCGAUACGCCGUUUUUCCUCAUCUCAGUUUGAGAUUGUUAUGCAUUUUGCGGAGUUACUUCUCAAACCAUUGAUGUAUUACAGAGUGUUGGGUUCAUAGGGCUGGGAAAUAUGGGCUCCAGAAUGGUGCAUAAUCUAAUAAAGGCAGGAUACAAAGUGGCCGUUCAUGACAUAAACUGUAAUGUCUUAAAGAAGUUCUCUGACAUGGGAGUUUCUACAAAAGAAACACCUUUUGAAGUUGCAGAAGCAAGUGAUGUCGUAAUUACAAUGUUGCCAUCUUCUUCUCAUGUAUUUGAUGUGUUCACUGGACCAAAUGGUUUGCUUCAAGGUGGAAAUCUCCUAAGACCAUGGUUAUUAAUAGAUUCAUCUACCAUUGAUCCCCAAACAUCGAGAAAGCUUUCCGUGACUGUAUCUAAAUGUAUUUUAAAGGAAAAGAAAGAUCAUCGGGUGAACCCUGUCAUGUUGGAUGCUCCUGUGUCUGGAGGUGUUCUUGCUGCAGAAGCUGGGACACUUGCUUUCAUGGUUGGUGGGUCUGAGGAAGCUUACCUGGCUGCAAAACCCUUAUUACUUUCAAUGGGGAAAAACACAAUAUAUUGUGGGAAAGCAGGAAAUGGUUCAGCAGCAAAGAUCUGCAAUAAUUUGGCAAUGGCUGUUAGCAUGCUUGGUGUCUCAGAAGCCCUUGCUCUUGGUCAGUCUCUGGGAAUUUGUGCCAGCACUCUGACAAGAGUAUUCAACUCUUCAAGUGCUCGCUGUUGGAGUAGUGACAGUUACAAUCCGGUUCCUGGAGUGAUGGAAGCAGCACCCUCCUCGAGAAAUUAUGAUGGUGGGUUUGCAUCUAAGCUAAUGGUUAAAGACCUAAACCUUGCUGCGGCAUCGGCCAUUGAUGUUGGUCGAAAAUGCCCAUUGACGUCCCAAGCUCUGGAGAUAUAUACAGAACUCUGCCAGGAUGGCCAUGAGGCCAGGGACUUCUCCUGUGUUUUCCGUCAUUAUUACUCAGGCAUGGAUGAGUUUUAGUUCAAGCAAUAAAGUUUUCUGGAAGAAGAAGCUCAAACCUUGGAAAAGCUCAUCUUAUCCUUUUUGUGUCAUCAUACCCUGCCAUUUCACGGGCUUCAUGUUUAACUCUACUCCUGUUUGAUAGAGUUGUCUGUUUCUUUAUGCUAGUCGAAUUUGGUGCUGCUGUCGUUUGUCUAUUUGACAUAAAAGGAUGGUUGCAGAAAGCACUGUAAAACCUCUCUCUCUCUCUCUCUCUCUCUCUCUCUCUCUCUCUCUCUCUCUCUCUCUCUCUCUCUCUCUCUCUAUAACAGUUUGGAAAAAGCUUCAAUAAAUCCUUUUUGGAGCUGAUUCCAUUGACAAAAAGCUUCAAUAAAUCCUUUUUGGAGCUGAUUCCAUUGACAUCUCCUUGAGGAUGUAAAUCAACUUUUUUUUAAGGUCAUUUACAUCUCAUUUUUAUUUCUUUAUAUAAUGAUUACUUUUUAGUA